UGCCAACUAAAAACAGGUUAAUAUUUUUAAUGAAAGACCUCUUAGUCAUUUUAUAUAUUUACCUCCUGAACGCUUCCUGAAGUUAUGCUCCUUUCAAAAUAAUAUUCGACAAUAUAAGCCUUUUCAAGCCAAUAUGAAGAUGGAACAGCUUCAGUUUGAGACUUCCAAUCUUACCUCUGAGAUUGGGUAUCUUGCCUUAGAGGGCAAAAAAUUUCAUGAUGAAAGAAACUUCACUGAGGCAAUAAAGUGCUAUGACAAAGCCUAUCAGCUGUCAAGAGAACUGAAUGUGGAUGAAGUAGAAAGGACAUGUGCGUUUAAUCUUGGUGCAGUGUUUAUAGCGGAGGGGCAGGUAGAGACUGGUCUGAGCUACCUUCACAAAGCUACUCCCCCUGAGGGACAGAGUGAUGCAAGGUGUAACGGUGACUUAUACUUCAACAUAGGCUUAGGACAGGAAAAACUCGGUGAUGAGGCCAAAGCAUUGGAAAACUAUGAAAAAGCAUUUAAGAGAUACAAAGCAUAUGAAAGUGGAAACACAGAACUUUUAAAUCAGUGCUUUGAUAAAUGUGUGUAUUUAUUUGUGAAGUGGAAGAGACAUGUUGAUGCAUCUCGGCUCUGCCAGGAGAUGGCUGAUGUGUAUGACAUGAACAAUGACCAUUUGCACAGGGCUGAGAAGCUGUGUGAGAAGGCGGACUACUUGAGACGUGGCACAGGUGUGGAACAGGGUGACAUUCUUAAGGCUGCUGAGGAGUGUAUGAAUGUAAUAAACAGUUCCCACCCACAGGGAACGGACUGUCACUUGGCAGGGAAGGUGCUGAAUGACCUUGGUCUGGUGUUUACGCAGGUUCAGGAGUACAACCAUGCAACCACCUGUUUUGAGAAGGCUCAUGAAAUGAUACAGAUGUCACACACUUCAAACAACCAGCUGAGGGCUGUUAUACUGCAGAAUCUUGGGGCAGCCUAUAAUUUCACUUGUGAUUUCCAGCGUGCCAUCAAGUAUCAUGAGGAUGCAGCUGACAUAUAUGCGAAGAUUAAGUACCGUAAUGGUCAAGGUCAGUGUUAUACAAACCUUGCAUUCGCUCACAGUCAGUUGGGAAACAUGAAGGACGCUGAAGUGGCCUUUAACCAUGCCCUGCUGGCAGCCAAAGAUACAGAUGACAAGCAUAUGAAAUGGCAAGCGUUUGAAGGACUUGGUGCUGUCAAUUUCAACAUGGGUGAGCUGAAGAGGGCCCAGAAGUAUUUUAUAUCUGCACUGAAGAAUGUUGAGAACAACCCUGUGUCACAGGAUCGGAUUGAGACCAAGCUGGAGCAGGUGAUCCAGGCAGAGGUGUCAGGGUUUGUGCCAAUGUCUGGGAGAUAUUCUUCUCGACCGGGUUCAGUGCAGGGUGUGCCCGUAUCCCAGGCUGCCCAUUUAGGGUACAUGCAGACCCAUGGACCUCCAGAGGAGCACACACAGAUGGGCUCCACACCGCGCAGUCUGAGCGCUCUUGAACAGCAGAUUAUCCCAAGACAUGCGGACCGUAUGCUAUUGGCUGCCCCUCCUGCCAUGUCUCGCAUACAGGAGCAACAGAAACCCAGGAACCGAAAAAUAGCAAUCAGAAAGAAGGACUCGUAUGGUCCACAUAUUCCAAAAGUACAUCGGGGCCUGGCAACCAUUGACAGCUUUCCCACAGGGGGGUUCAUGUAUGGAGACAGUACCCCACCAAUCUCGGGUCGUGCAUCGUCUAUGAGGCAGUCUACAGGACACCGGCUGACUCUGAGUGAGGAGAGUGAGUCAUAUAGUUCCUCGUCUGAGGAUGAUGAGGAGAGCAGCGAGGAGACUGAGGAGUCUAACCCAGAAAAUGAGCAAGAUCAGAGGCGAGGUCCUGUUAAUGAUCAUAAGAUUCAAGAGAUAUUUGCCAAAAGGGCCGAAAUCGUCAAAACCAGCACUACUAGCGUGCAACACAACCUAACCCCAGUGAAGGAGGAUGACAGCCUGAUGAAAUACCGGAAAGCUAUUGAAGAAAGAGAUGAAGAGGAGGACACUUCUGAAAGUGAUUCUAAUUCUGAGACAACCGAUAGUUCCUCAAGUGAGAUUGAUGGUGAUGGUGAUGAUGAUGUUGACCAUGUUAAUCAAGCACAGCUCGGUCAAAUACAGAGGCCCCCACCCCCGCCGACCCAGUCACCUCUGCACACUGGCACCCAGGGCACGUACCUGCAACCUGCCUACAAACACAUUAACUCUGAUUAUCCCUCGUUUCCCCAUAGUGAUGGCCAGCAGCCCACAACCACCCCUGUGAGGCAGAGCACAGAGGACAGCAGUGAGGACAGUGAAGGAUCCGACCCAAUUGAGAAAGACGAUGAUCCAUCUUACGCUUCCAUUAAGUCUGUUAAUGAAAAACACCAGCAUCCACCUAGCUCUGCAGGUAAUGACCAUAACAAAGGUAGAAGGAAGGAAAGCAGGAUACGGUCACAAAAUUUCUUUGAAAGUGAGUCUACUCAAAGUGACGGAAGUGAUCCUCAAUCAGGGCGCUAUAGAGGCGAUGACAUCAUCAGGAAAAUGGAAGGAAUGAGUUCACAUGCAGAUGUCAGUGGUUUGGAAAAGAUGCCACGGGGACAGAGGGAGCAGUUUUUACUUCACGAACAUCAGCGCAGACAGCAGGCUGAGACACCACCAGAUCUACCACCCCGACAAACAGAGGGCAACAUCAAGUCCAAGGGCUGUGUCAUCAUGUAGUCGGCAUUGUAGUGACUUGCCAAUUGAAGUAAAGGAGGCCAAGAAGUUAUAGGCAUGUUAGAUCAUGUAGUACUUAUCAUAGUGACAACCUACUCCAGACAUGGUAAAGAACUAUGAAGAAGGCCUCUGCGACAUGUAUCAUAUAGUGAUUAUAGUCUACUUAUUAGUACAUGCACCAUUAGGGUCUUACAGACCCAUCAUUUGUCUGAGUGGAUGGCAGGUGUCAUUAUUUACUCUACUUCAUCUCAGCCUUGAUCAUCAGAGGGCAGCAAGGCUAUGGACAGUGUCGAGUCUGAUUUCAAUAAUGCACAGAACCCCACGGAUUUUGUAAGCAAGAUUACCGGUAUAGUACCCUUUAACAGAAAGAGUCCCUGCCACCAGGUCUGCUCACUAGAAGACAAAGGCAAACAUGUGAAUAAUCAUCAGGUUAAACAGUUCCAUAUGGCCUACUGAUACAGUCAAUGUUUUUGAAUAUUGACAGAUAACAAACUAAGGUCCCUAUCUUAACUAUGUAUUUGCAUGAUUGAUGACUAAAAAUUAAACUCAUUCUCAUUCAAAUGUUGUAUUUGUGAAAACAAAUCUUAACCGCAGUUUGUUUGUGACAGACUAUGGUCUGUUACAUGCAAUACAUUUUAUGACAACAUUUCUGGUGGAAUUAUUUGAGACAGUAUCUUUUACAUCUGUUAUUAAUCACAGACAUCAUCCAUUUGCAUGUAAAGUAUCUUUUUUUAGACGUAAUUUUUGCCAUUUAUAUGAAGACUCCUUGCCUUAUUUAAAAUCAUAACUAUGACGUAUCACCUUUGUUUUGAGUGGGGUUUUUUACAUGCCAACUAUUUAAGUAAACUUUUUGUCUGCUUUGUAUCCCUACCACCAUUUUGGGAAAUAUUUCUAAGGAAUUUAUAUUAUUAUUAUUAUAUAUCAGACUUUUAAAGCGCUCUUCAUAUAUACAAUAAACAUUCAAAAGCACUGGAUAUUAUAUCAAUGAUAUUAUACAAAAAUAAAACUAUCAAAAGACAUGAACUGUCAUACUGAUAUUAUCUUGGUGAUAAAAGUACAUGCAUAUAUAUAAAGAAUUUCUGUGAUAUUCCUGUCCUACAAUCAAAGAACAGAUGAUGCUCAAAUGAAACGUGUUUUGCAUUUUGUAUGUACUGUUUCUUAUUAUGUACUUGAGUGAGCCUAGAAACAUUUUACUGUAUUUUUGUCUUGCUAUUAUAGUUUAUUAACUUACUUUGCCAAUGAGUUUCUCUGUGUUAGCCGUAGAAGAAACGGUCUUAUUAGAUCAUCACAAGGCUUAGUCUGCAACACCGCAAUAGAGACUUUGUGCGCUGUUGUCAUCAUCAUAAUAAUAAGAUUUCUUUAUGUGUUGACAGAGAUGUUGUACUAGAGCUAUACUUAUUUCUCAUCAUCUUUUCAUUGCGCACGAAUAUAUAAACAGUUGGUUGUGCUUAAAACUUAUUAUUUGUAAGAAAACGACACCUUAAUAAGAGAGCAAGACUUGGGUUGUAUUAUGUAUGUCUGCUGGGAUUGUGUUUGCCUGUGUUGGUAAGUCCUUUGUUCUUAACUGUUAUUUUAUGUCUCAUGAACGAAUCUCCAUCAUGCUAAAAGAUAUGUAAGUCAGGAAGGGGAUGUUGGUUGAAUAACUGAAAAUUGUUCUGGUUUUGGUCCUUCUAUUCAUAAGUAAAACAUGAAUUUCGGACCAUUGGGCUUUUUGUAACAUAGCUUUGUUUUGUGUUUGCCUUUGGGGAAAUGUUGCAAUCACACCUGUUUACUACUGAUUAUCAUUCUGAUGCAGGUUAUCAAUUUUGUAAUUCUGUAUUUUGAAAAUUAUACCUAUUUGCAAGUAGUCAUUUUUGCAUAUCUAUUGCAUUGAACUUGUUGCUAGUAGAAACUAUUUAAAUGUUAUUUUAAAAAAUGUUGCCAUAAUUCGUUUAACCUCGAGAUACUCAGAUAGGGGUUUCUAGUAUACCUAGAAAAGCUUUAUUACAAACUAUGUAGUAAGAAAGCUUCCAUUUUAGAAUUUGCAGUUUAUUAGAAUUUAAUUGCAUGUGAUAAACAGUUUCUGUAAAUCCUGAUCACAGUCAUGUUACAAGCAUCAUAUAUGUUCCAUAAUAUACAAGUAUACAGGUGGUUCUCAAAAUGUUAUAUUUUUAUUCAUAUUUUAUUUUGAUUUCUUGUCUCAAUUUCAAUUGUAUUAAAAAUAAUUAGUUUUUAUAUAUUAGUAAUGUUAAAGCCUUGUAGGUGCAGGUGGUAAACUGGUAUGAUAAAUGUUGUCAACUCUGUAGAUAUCUUGUACAUGCAGGUGGUAAACUGGUAGGUUAACGCUUGUCAACUCUCUGAUAUUUUGUACAUGCAGGUGGUAAACUGGUAUGUUAACGCUUGUCCACUCUGUAGAUAUCUUGUACAUGCAGGUUGUAAACUGGGAGAUUAACGCUUGUCCACAUAUUGUACAUGCAGGUGGUAAACUGGUAUGUUAACGCUUGUCAACUCUGUAAAUAUCUUUUACAUGCAGGUGGUAAACUGGGAUGUUAACGCUUGUCAACUCUGUAGAUAUCUUGUACAUGCAGGUGGUAAACUGGUAUGUUAACGCUUGUCAACUCUGUAGAUAUCUUGUAGAUGCAGGUGGUAAACUGGUAUGUUAACGCUUGUCCACUCUGUAGAUAUCUUGUACAUGCAGGUGGUAAACUGGUAUAUUAACGCUUGUCAACUCUGUAGAUAUCUUGUACAUGCAGGUGGUAAACUGGUAUGAUAACGCUUGUCAACUCUGUAGAUAUCUUGUACAUGCAGGUGGUAAACUGGUAUGUUUACGCUUGUCCACUCUGUAGAUAUCCUGUACAAGCAGGUUUUAAACUGGUAUGUUAACGCUUGUCCACUCUGUAGAUAUCUUGUACAUGCAGGUGGUAAACUUUCAUGUUUACGCUUGUCCACUCUGUAGAUAUCUUGUACAUGCAGGUGGUAAACUGGUAUGUUAUGCUUGUUCACUCUGUAGAUAUCUUGUACAUGCAGGUGGUAAACUGGUAUGUUAAUGCUUGUCAUCUCUGUAGAUAUCUUGUAUAUACAGUGGCAUGUAUGUGAAAGCACAUUGUGAUAGCUUAUUAGACGUUAUUAUGUAAUAAUUUGAUUGUUAUUAUUAAAAAGGGCA